GUGUUUGCUGGGUGUGUGCCGAGGGGUGAAAGACUGCUGCUGGGAUUAUAAAUUCCAUCUGUAUUUUUUUAUGUAAUCUGGAACACGAGCGAGGAGGCGAAGGGAUUCCCCCAAACUGUUUCUGCUUACUCCCGAACACAGAAUUGCUCGCAGUGAUUGACGGCCGUACCAUGGAGAAGACUCGUGAGACAUGCUUUCGUAAAAAAGCAGCUUUAUCACUGCUUCCACCGGCGAAAGCCGGGGUUUAUUACAUCGCCAAGCACGAUUACUCCGCACGCACCAAGGAGGACCUGAGCGUUAAAGUGGGGGACAUUUUAGAGGCUCUCGUUAAAAGUCCCGGCUAUUGGUGGUUUGUGAAAGCCCUAACCGGGGUCUCUGCACCCAAACAGGGAUACAUCCCGGCUAACUAUGUGGCGCCCGUGGAGAGUAUCGACGCAGAGCCAUGGUAUUUUCCCAACACUAAGAGGCUGGAUGCAGAGAAGAUGCUGUUGGCAAGAGGGAAUCAGCAAGGCACCUUCCUCAUCAGAAACUCUGAAAGUGACAAAGGGGAUCAGUCCCUCUCGGUGCUGGACCGUGGGAAGGUGAAGCAUUACAAGCUGAAAAAACUGGAGAACGGUCACUACUUUUUGUCGAGGAGCAGAUCCUUUGAAACACUGGAAGAGUUAGUGGAACAUUACUCCAAGCAGGCCGUGCUUCGCGAACCAUGCAAAAAAAGGGAGGCUCCGCAGACUUACGGCCUGUCCUACAACAUGGUGGACCAAUGGGAGAUUGACCGCAAGUCCAUCAAGCUGCUGAGGAAGAUCGGAGCCGGUCAGUUCGGAGAAGUGUUCGAGGGCCUGUGGAAAGAAACCACAUUAGUCGCGGUGAAGACCCUCAAACCUGGUACAAUGGACCCGAAGGAAUUCCUGAGAGAGACUCAGAUCAUGAAGAGGCUGCGGCAUCCCAAGCUGAUCCAGCUGUACGCUGCGUGCACCUUGGAGGAGCCCAUCUUCAUCAUCACAGAGCUGAUGAACAACGGCAGCCUGCUGGAGUACCUUAAUAAGGAUAAGGGCACCACGCUGGGUUUCUCUGACCAGAUUGAGAUGGCUGCCCAGGUGGCGUCGGGCAUGGCUUACCUGGAGUUGCAGAACUACAUCCACAGAGACCUGGCAGCCAGGAACGUCCUGGUGGGCGAGAACAACAUCUGCAAAGUGGCUGACUUUGGCCUCGCCAGGGUCAUCAUGAAAAAGAAUGAAAAUGUGUACGAAGCCAAAGAAGGAACUAAAUUCCCUGUGAAGUGGACCGCACUAGAGGCCAUCCUAGACAACAAGUGCAGCAUCAAAUCGGACAUUUGGUCUUUUGGAAUUCUGCUGUAUGAGAUCAUGACGUUUGGACAGAUGCCUUACCCAGCCAUGUCGAACUUCCAAGUCGUCCAGAUGGUCUCCCAGGGCUACAGGAUGCCAAGCCCCCCCAACUGUCCCAAAGUCAUGUAUGACAUGAUGAUGGACUGCUGGAAGAAGAACGACCAGGAUCGGCCCACAUUUGAGACCCUGCAGUGGAAGCUGGAGGUCUUCUUUGACCUGGACGUGAUCGAGGAUGACCUCUGGGACACAACAUAAUUUCUGCACUGAAGCUAAAUCAAAAAUCACAUGAUUCCAAAUAUGAACAUAUGUCGAUGUUUUUAUGACGCAACAGAUUGAAAUGUGAUUUAAUAAUUCCCGUCCUUUGCGGUGAAAUAAAGGAUCUAAAAUGUUUGAGCUGCGCUUGAUAGAAUGGUGUGGCUGUAUCCGCCAUGCAGUGAGGAAGCUUUAACUGCAGCAGCACUCCUAGGUUUGGCUUUGUUUGACAACUGAAUGCACUUUCAGGCAGGCUGUGUCUGAUCGAAAAUUCCCCUGUGCCAAGUAUUUUUCGACUGUGACUUUCCUGACUCAAUAACAAGACCAUAUAUAUUGUUUAUGCGUGUGUGUGCUUUAAUGUUUGACAAGAACAUAUGGGAUGUCUGCUAUAGCUUCCAUAAAAUGAAGUAACAGAAUGUUUAACUUGGAGAUAGUAAAUCACAGAAUGUUUAGGUUAGAAGCAGAAACAGAUGUCUUAGUGGGGACUCAUCCUACACCCCCCCAUUCCCUUCCCCUAUGCACUGAGCCUCUGUAAGAUGUACGCAGACUACACACGGGGCUCUUCAUCCCACAGACUGCUCACAGGCACUCUGUGUGAUGAUUGAACCCUCUCUGCGCAGAGAAUAAAUACUUUAAAGACAAACUUUCUUUUCUCGAUGUUCCUUAUUUCAGUGUUAUAGGACUCACUCGGU